AUGACUAUCUCCACUGGUCAAACUUUGGCGGAGCCCCCUUUAGAUCAUGAUUUCCACGGCGGCUGGGGCACUGUAUACUCGAAUAGCGGGUUCAUCAACGAUGACCGCACUCGCCGGAUGUGGGAAGAUUACACUGUGAGCCCUGCCAGAGUUGAACAACAGUACCAUGUUCUUCUAGACGAAUAUACAGACCUAUUCCAAUCCUUUUUCAAAGGGUACUGGCCCAUUUCGUUCCAUGCGCAUGUCAGCGAUGUACUCAUACCAACAACUAUAGCGAGUCUCAUCCUCAACACGGCAUCGACCUGUCCAUUGGUGUUGGAGGAUCCAGCAUUGUCGCCGUUGAUCAAAGAUAAUCCUGAACCAGAAAAGGUCCAGCAAUUUGUUCGAGAGCUUCUGGGCUGGACAGAUUUGCAUAUAACGGCGCCAAAGUUAGCCAUUGUCGAAGGUAUUUAUGGCAGCGCCUAUGGGCCCCUGGCUCAUUCUUCUAGCGAAUGGGAGUAUAGAAUUAUUGGAUCGGGUCCUUCAUCAGUCUCAAUAAGCCGAAGUGACUUUUCGUCAGAUGAUACACUGUUGAAAAAGCUCAUUGCGGCUAAAAAACAGGGCUGUGUCGCCGUUAUAAGCGAUAUAGUAAAUGCCUCAGAUGGAUCUGUGUUUCCUCCAGAAUUAUUUCGUCUCCUGCGAUCCUGUUGCGAUAAAGCACGCAUAUUUCUCCUCGUGGAUGAGGCCAUGACCGCGAUACGAUGCGGAGCGCCGUUAGCCUCUCAAAGAGCAGAGUAUUCUGAAGAAGGAAACUUGCAGCCUGACAUGAUCGCCUUUGGUAAAGGGAUGGGUGUAAGCGGCAUUGCAUUCAACUUCGACGGCUUGAUGAUGCGACACCUAGCUUUCCGUAAGCGGGGACAAAUUCUUCAGUCAAUCGCAUUAUGA